GACUCCAGCCGCCCGGGAAAACUCAUAGGCAGCUAUGGUGAGAAUCCUUCGUUGUAUCAGCGAGGACCGAGUGAAAAUCGUUUAUUUUCCCAGGUUAUUGACAAAACUUUUAUUCGUUCAGCUGCCGCCAACCAGAGUCGAACAAAAUCGUUUAUAGCUCCCAUGGAUGGAUUCUUUCUGCUAUCCCUGCUCAAGGUCCACCAGCACCAUAUUCGACUCGGAACGUCACAACUCACAAGGAGAAGAAGACGAAUGAGGACGGCGGGGAAGGUGUCGGGACUUUCACCUCUCGGCAAUGGCCACAGAGUAAUCGUUCUGGUUUCCGAGUUACUACGCCUUCCAUGGACCCAGUGGUUGAUGAUGAAGGAGUUGGCCCUUUAACAAAGACCAGCAAGAAAUCUCGGGUCCACGAGUCCCCAGCAGCCUUCCUUUGAGUUCCUACUCAACAUCUGGGUCUUAAUCACAAUGUUAGAGAUGUGAUUCAUUACAACAGAACAGUCUCGACUUCAAAACAUAAAGAUGUGCAGGCUCAAUUGCAACCUUAAUCUCAGUCUUUUGUUAGUAGUUCGCCAACUCUACGCAACGACCC